CGGAAUUUCAUAAUUUUAAAGCAAUAUUAAUUCUAUAGCUACAAUGCAGCCGAUGAGCCUCCAACAUGAGUGGACAGCUUAUAGAGGUGAACUAAACCAACACGGCAGCAGCACUUCAUCCCCGCUGGAAUUUACGAUGAGGUGGCAUUCUUCAUCUUUGUUGAGUAUGAUCGUCGCCGGAAAUUUCAAUAAUAAUUCUUCAUGCGAGGCCGAAGUAUUCUUUGUUGGGGAAGCAAUCGGCGCCGGCGAGACGAUGACGACCGGCCGGACGUCGUCGUCGAUGACACCUGAUCUAAGGGUACAAGGUUGUUUCAGGAGGCGGAAUUGCAAGAUCGUUACGGCGGACGGCGGUGGAGAAUGGUGGCCGACUGGUGGCGACCGUAUCCCGGAAAAGAAUUAACUCUACCCUUUUGCUAAGACAUGAU